CUCCAUGUUACGUGGGUACAACAAUGGACACCCAGAAGGACGUUCAACUCCCAAAGCAGCAGCCAGUGAUAUAUAUCUGUGGAGAAUGUCACACAGAAAAUGAAGUAAAAUCAAGGGAUCCAAUCCGAUACAUAGAAUGUGGAUACAGAAUAAUGUACAAGAAAAGGACUAAAAGAUUGUUGGUUUUUGAUGCUUAAUGAAACAUGAAAUU